GGGGUGUGUCCGGCCGCGCGGUCCCUCCGCCCCUGGGUCCCGUCGCCACACGCUGCCUAAACUCUGGACCAGACGCACUUUCCUACCCGUUGUCCCUCGCCUUGUCCGGAGUCGGGCGCACACCAUGUCGGUCGCCGUCAGCAACAGGUUCCAAGGAGGGAAGGCGUUCGGCUUGCUCAAAGCCCGGCAGGAGAGGAGGCUGGAGGAGAUCAACCGGGAGUUCCUCUGUGACCAGAAGUACAGCGAUGAAGAGAACCUCCCGGAAAAGCUCGCGGCCUUCAAAGAGAAAUAUAUGGAGUUUGACCUGAACAAUGAAGGAGAGAUUGAUCUGAUGUCUUUAAAGAGGAUGAUGGAGAAGCUGGGGGUCCCCAAAACCCACCUGGAGAUGAAGAAGAUGAUCUCGGAGGUGACAGGCGGUGUCAGCGACACCAUCUCCUACCGGGAUUUUGUGAAUAUGAUGCUCGGCAAGAGAUCGGCUGUCCUCAAGCUGGUCAUGAUGUUUGAAGGAAAAGCCAACGAGAGCAGCCCAAAGCCGGCUGGCCCCCCUCCAGAGAGAGACAUCGCCAGCCUGCCCUGAGGACCCCAUCUGGAUCUUCCGGGCCGCCAGCCCUGCCCCUGCAUCUCCGUUACACUCUCUCUGCCUCCUCUACCCAUUGUGAUCUGUCUCAUGCUGUUUGUCCUAGUGGACUCAUUUUCUUUUCCACUUCUACGUCUUUACGUAAGCACAUAUUAACCUGCCUUAAUGAGGCUGGGAGUCCUGAACCUCAGGGCCCCUCCUCUCUGCUUCGGGCUGCCCUGCCCUCCCUAUACAAAAGGGCUGACGUCAAACCAAAAACUCGAGAGAGGGCAUGGGGGGCUGCAAACCUCAUUUCCCAUGUUUGAAGAAGACUUUGUCCGUCUGUUCAUCUCUCUUGGUUGCUAAGUUAAAUACAGGCUGCACGUUGGGCCCCGGUGGGCCCCUCCCCUCCCCCACUCUCAGACGAGCCAGAGCAAGCACAAAG